UGCAAAGGCUCAUCUAAGCCACCCCUAAUAUCAUCCCAGCUUCCACCCUUACCUCGAAGUCUUAUCAAUCUAGCAGUCACCUCCCUUCCAGACGGCAAGCUAUUUCAUCUUGCUUCCCAAAGUGCUGACAAUCUGGACAAAUCAGAGCUCCCACAGUGGGACAAUAAUCCUCCAUACACCAUGCCUCCUCCAUCCGAUACCCGAGCAGAGGUUCGUUUCACGGAAAACCUUGUACAGGUCAUGCACGGCCGUAACUCACGCUUGGAGAAGGAG